AUCGAAGAUAGCGAGACCAAGUCUCUCAAAGUUCUCCCUCUCUCUCUCUACCUCUCUCUCUCCUCCCUUAUCCGCAGCCUUUCAAACCCUAGAAAUUCUCGAACUUGGAGCUCAUAUAUCGCUCAACAACCUCUUAAUUCUUGAGGAUUUUGGGGUUGCGGAGUGUAUGUGGCUUCAGAUUUGGAGUCGAGUUUGUGCGGUUUGGUUCUGAUUUCUCUCCGUUUCGCGAAAUUGAAGUUCCCGGCUGUUUUUCUUUUCGGGUCUCAAGGUUUUGGUUUCGGGUUUUUCCCGUUUGAAGAUCGGUUAUCGAAUAUCGAAAUUAUUGGUAGGGUUUCAGAUUUAGGAGCUGCUAUGACUUCUCUGAGCAGAGAAUUGGUGUUUCUCAUACUCCAAUUUCUGGAGGAGGAAAAAUUCAAAGAGUCGGUGCACAAGCUUGAGAAAGAGUCGGGGUUUUUCUUCAACAUGAAAUACUUUGAGGAAAAAGUACAGGCUGGCGAAUGGGAAGAAGUUGAGAAGUAUUUGGCAGGGUUUACAAAAGUUGAUGAUAAUAGAUACUCCAUGAAAAUAUUCUUUGAAAUCAGGAAGCAGAAAUAUCUUGAAGCCCUUGAUAGGCAAGACAAGGCAAAGGCUGUUGAGAUAUUAGUGGGUGAUUUAAAAGUGUUCUCCACCUUCAAUGAGGAACUAUACAAAGAAAUUACGCAGCUGUUAACGCUUAAUAAUUUCAGGGAGAAUGAGCAGCUGUCCAAGUAUGGUGACACCAAAACUGCUCGCGGGAUCAUGUUGAUUGAGCUUAAAAAGCUGAUAGAAGCAAAUCCACUUUUCCGUGGACCUUAAUUAAUCAAAGUCUGAAUUGGCAGCACCAGCUUUGCAAAAACCCCAGGCCAAACCCAGAUAUAAAGACACUAUUCACUGAUCACACAUGUACUCCUCCUAAUGGUCCUCUAGCACCUGCACCUGUCAAUCUUCCAGUUGCUGCUGUUGCAAAGCCUGCUGCCUAUACUUCACUUGGAGCUCAUGGUCCAUUUCCGCCUGCUGCCGCAACUGCUAAUGCAAAUGCUUUGGCUGGUUGGAUGGCUAAUGCGUCAGCUUCAUCAUCUGUCCAAGCAGCUGUUGUUACGGCAUCAAGCAUGCCACUCCCACAGAAUCAAGUGUCUAUCUUGAAGAGGCCGAGGACACCUCCAACAGCUCCUGGCAUGGUUGAUUAUCAGAAUGCUGCCGAUCAUGACCAGCUAAUGAAAAGACUUCGGCCUGCUCCUUCUCUAGAGGAGGUUUCCUAUCCGACAGCCCGACAAGCUUCUUGGUCACUGGAAGAUCUACCAAGAACAGUGGCUAUGACUUUACAUCAAGGCUCCUCUGUGACAAGCAUGGACUUUCAUCCUUCUCACCAAACCUUACUUCUUGUUGGAUCUAACAAUGGUGAAAUUGCCCUCUGGGAACUUACUUUGCGAGAUAGAUUGGUUACAAAGCCAUUCAAGAUAUGGGAUAUCUCAGCAUGUUCAUUACCAUUUCAGGCUGCUGCGGUCAAAGAUGCCCCUAUUUCUGUCAGCCGUGUUACAUGGAGCCCCGAUGGAAGUUUUGUGGGUGUCGCAUUUACUAAACAUUUGAUUCACUUGUAUGCCUACACUGGUUCAAAUGAGCUAACUCAGCGCAUAGAGGUUGAUGCCCACAUUGGUGGUGUGAACGACUUGGCAUUUGCUCAUCCAAAUAAGCAACUUUGCAUUGUGACUUGUGGGGAUGAUAAGUUGAUAAAGGUGUGGGAUUUAACUGGGCGAAGACUAUUUAACUUUGAGGGGCAUGAUGCACCUGUAUAUUCCAUUUGUCCUCACCACAAGGAGAACAUACAGUUCAUAUUUUCAACUGCCAUCGAUGGCAAAAUAAAAGCCUGGCUAUAUGAUAACAUGGGUUCCAGGGUUGACUAUGAUGCCCCUGGUCACUGGUGUACUACAAUGCUUUAUAGUGCUGAUGGGAGUAGACUGUUUUCUUGUGGGACAAGUAAAGAUGGAGAGUCAUACCUUGUUGAGUGGAAUGAAAGCGAAGGAGCCAUCAAGAGAACAUACAAUGGUUUCAGAAAGAAAUCUGCUGGUGUUGUGCAGUUUGACACAACUCAAAAUCGCUUCUUAGCUGCUGGAGAAGAAGGUCAAAUCAAGUUUUGGGACAUGGACAAUAUUAAUGUUCUUGCUAACAUUGAUGCUGACGGUGGACUUCAGGGCCUUCCACGCCUGAGAUUCAACAAGGAAGGAAAUCUUCUUGCUGUUACUACUGCGGACAACGGAUUCAAAAUUCUUGCCAAUGCUAGUGGUCUUAGAUCUUUAAGAACGAUUGAAACUCCAGCUUUUGAAGCAUUGAGAUCACCCAUUGAAUCUGCUGCAAUCAAGGCAUCUGGCUCUGCUGCUGUUAACGUUAGUCCUGUCAACUGUAAAGUGGAAAGGAGCUCCCCUGUCAGGCCUUCUCCAAUUCUUAAUGGAGUUGAUCCCGCAGGUCGAAAUGUUGAGAAACCAAGAAUUGUGGAAGAUGCAAUUGAUAGAACUAAACCAUGGCAGCUGUCUGAAAUUCUGGAUCCAGUCCAGUGUCGGUUAGUAACCAUGCCUGACAGCACAGAUUCUUCUAGCAAGGUUGUUCGACUUCUAUAUACAAACUCUGGUGCUGGUCUCUUGGCACUUGGUUCAAAUGGUGUUCAGAAGCUGUGGAAAUGGACACGCGGUGAACAGAAUCCCACUGGGAAGGCAACUGCCAGUGUUGUUCCACAGCAUUGGCAACCCAACAGUGGUCUUCUUAUGACCAACGAUAUCUCAGGUGUCAAUCUUGAAGAAGCAGUUCCUUGCAUUGCACUCUCAAAGAAUGAUUCAUAUGUUAUGUCUGCCUGUGGUGGGAAGGUUUCAUUAUUUAACAUGAUGACGUUCAAGGUAAUGACAACAUUCAUGCCACCACCUCCUGCCUCUACUUUUCUGGCUUUCCAUCCUCAGGAUAACAACAUAAUUGCCAUCGGAAUGGAGGACUCUACCAUUCAUAUUUAUAAUGUCAGAGUUGAUGAGGUGAAAUCAAAACUGAAGGGACACCAGAAACGUAUUACUGGUUUAGCCUUCUCAACAAAUCUCAACAUCCUUGUUUCAUCAGCUGCUGAUGCUCAUCUUAGCGUGUGGAGCAUUGAUACAUGGGAGAAAAGAAAAUCGGUUCCAAUACAGCUACCUGCUGGAAAGGCCCCCACUGGUGACACUAGAGUGCAGUUUCAUUCUGACCAACUACGCUUAUUGGUAGCCCAUGAGACUCAAUUGGCAAUAUAUGACGCCUCUAAGAUGGAACGCAUUCGGCAGUGGGUUCCACAAGAUGUUCUUCCUGCUCCUAUAUCAUAUGCAGCUUAUUCCUGCAACAGUCAGUUAAUUUACGCUACAUUCUGUGAUGGCAAUACUGGAGUUUUUGAUGCGGAUAGCUUGAGACUACGAUGUCGUAUUGCACUAUCAACAUAUGUGCAAUCAGCAACUUUAAGUGGAAGCCAAUCUCUGUAUCCUGUUGUCGUCGCUGCGCAUCCAAUAGAGGCGAACCAAUUCGCGGUUGGAUUGACAGAUGGGUCUGUGAAAGUAAUAGAGCCCAGUGAAUCAGAGGGUAAAUGGGGAACUAGUCCACCCAUUGAUAAUGGAAUAUUGAACGGUAGAGCAGCAUCUUCUUCUACAACAAGCAACCACACACCCGAGCAGGCACAACGAUAAACAAGAUUCAUUGUAUCAUAAUUAGCAUUUUUAUUCUUUUAAUCUGUAAUUUUAUCAGCAUGGAUUUUUAGAUUUUUAUUUUCCACCUCCCAUGUCCUUCAAGGUAUGGUCUGGGUCAGCUUGAACAUAAAACGGUACAUGUUUAGAUGUUAGCUCCUGUAUACCUAAAUUUGUUACUAGCCAACUAUGAUUACAUUAUUGGUAUUUCAUUGUAGUGUUCCUGUUAUCAACAUUGCGAAUCUGUUCAUUCUUACAUUACAUCAGAGCACACAGUUCUGCUGCAA